UGGAGGACGCGGCGCACCCUGGGAGAUUGGCUGACCGUGAUAGAGGUGUAGAGAUAGAGUGACUAUCUUUGGCAUAAGGUUGAAUUUCGAGUGCCUUGAGCAGUGAUUCUCAAACCCAGCCCCACUGGUGCGCCCUCCGAGGUGGCUAGGUGUGCCUCAAAUAUUAUGAAAGUAUAUUUUAAAAAUGAGAAGAAACCCAUUUGUAUAGGCCACAGGCCCAUCCCAAACUGAAACACCAGGAUAACAGCAUGUACUGUCUUCGUUUUAGGAUACAGCAAGUAGCCUGAUGCAGGUUUUUUUGGGAAAACACUGUACUCCUGAAGCACUCCCAGCCAGCCUCUGAGCUUGAAACAAAACACUCUGCAACAGACAGCUGACAUCAAGCAGCUGGAGGAGAGGGUCACGUGACAUCAAAUAAACAAGAGCCCAAGAAGAUUUCCUUUUCCCCCUAUCUCCAUUGAGUAAAGUGGAGGAAAGGACUCUUUCUAAACGCUGAUUUCAGCCCUCCAUGUUCCUGAUCCCCAAAUCAUAAUUCAAGGGGAAGAGGUGAAGACUCCUUGGACAUCUAGUGACUAUCCUGUGACCAGGCAUGGAUCCCACAGGACUCAGGCUCCUCCUCUUCUGUAUCCUGUUCGCCUCUGUCCAGCUGUGUGAAAUCCCUGCAGGAAAUUCCCAUCGCAUCCGGUCUGUGAGCACAGAGCUCUUGAAGCUGACGGAGGACGCGUCCGAGGAGCCCAACCCCAGUGUCUACCUGGGCCUCCGCCUUUCUGAUGAUCACAGCCUAGAGAAAGAGAGGCAGUACCUCGAGCGACUGAAGGAUGCCUUUCAGCCCAGCGUCAGCACCACUCCAUCUGCAGUCAGCUACCACGAGGAGCCCGGGACAGGCCGGCUGGCUCUGCACCUCCUUGUGCUGCGGGCUGCCUGCCACAACAUGGAGACACUCGAGGGGAGUCAGCUGGUGACCCAGCUUAAGCUUCACUUGCACAAGGAAAAGGAGCGGAUAGGCCACGAGGGCAUGGGACACCCUAUCACCAACUACUACCAAUACAGCUUGGGGAUCUUAGCCUUGUGUGUCCAUGGCAAGAAGGUCGAUGAGCAUGUGAUCCACAAGCUCUUGAGUGCGGAGGAGAGGACCAAGCUCUCUGUGGACACCGAGGCAAUGGCCGGGCUGGCCUUUGUCUGCUUGGGAAAGGCCACCUUCUACACACCAGAGCUUGUGGCAAAGCUUGGGCAGGCUAUCCAGAGAGCGAAGCAGAAGAUCCUCCAGGCUCAGACUCCAGAAGGGGCUUUUGGGAAUAUCUACAGCAGCCCCCUAGCGGUGCAGUUUCUCAUUGCUACAGGGAUGAGCCAGGAGUGUCCCGAGGCCGUGGCUACCCUCCUUCGGAGCCUGGAGCGGGGAGACUUCCAAAACGCCCUCAUCAAGUCCCAGCUGCUGCCUGUGCUGCAGGACAAGAGUUACCUGGACAUCGCUAGCACGGAGUGCCGAGAUGAGAGAGACAGUUUGACCGUCGGCCCUCCAUCUCCCGAACUGGAGCUGCCCACCGGGAGGAGAGAGAGCACCCUUGUCAAACUGAUUGUGAAGCGUCCUCCGCGUCACCUACCCUUGUACCUGCAUUUCCUCACAGUUCCUCGUGGCUCCUCUCUGCUGGACGUGCUGAAAACUGCAGAAAAGUUGGGCGGCGCCAAGCCAUUCACGUUUGAAACCCAGAACACCCUCUCUGGGCCGCUGCUCACUGCAGUGAUGGGGGUGAAAGCCCAAGAAGGAGAACGCAAGUACUGGAAGAUUCUCCGGGCCCCAAACACCCUCCUAGAACAAGGUAUCGCUGACUACAUCCCACAAGAUAAAGAAUCCAUCCUCUUGAAAUUUUUCCCUUGGUAGAGGCAGCCCCUCGCCGCCCUCCAGCGCCCUCUGCUCGGAUGACUCCGCUCUCCUGCGUCAAGUCGACAUCAGAGAGCUGCAAAUCAUCCUCACACUCUUCUAUCUAAAUGAGGACUAGGAUCCAGGUCUUUUCAAAUGAGAUUUUUACUUUCUGGCACAAGGAUACAUUUGCUCCCCAAAGAAUGCAUCUUCUCAAGACACUAUGAGAGAGCCAGUGUGGUGUAGUGGUUAGAGUGUUGGACUGCGGCCUGGGAGACCAGGGUUCGAAUCCCCACCCAGCCACGAAGCUCACUGGGUGACCUUGGGACAGUCACUGCCUCUCAGCCCCAGAGGAAGGCAAUGGUGAACCCCCUCUGAAUACCGCUUACUAUGAAAACCCUAUUCAGAGGGUCAACAUAAGUUGGGAUCGACUUGAAGGCAGGCCAUUUCCAUUUUCAAGAUACUAUGAAACUAAUUGCUCGAAGCAGGUUCAAAGUCCGGGGCAAAUGCAACCUCUGGACAUGGACACACUUUGCUAAUCCUGAUGUUGUACGAAGCGCCUGCACAGGACAGUCACCUGACAUGUUGCUACCCACGCUCAAUCCAGGAAGGUCUCCCCAAGAUCCCUUGCAGACUUGAUGGAGGCUGCUCCAUUUAGGGUGCAUGGACCACUGCCCCACCAACCUCAGUCGCCAGUCCCCCCCUGUCGGCCUUCUUAUCUACAACCAGCCCAGGAGGCGUCUGCACUACCUGUCAGUUCCCCCCUCCUCAGUUUCAGUGUCACCCUUGUAGAACUCAGCAGGGAGGAGGCGGAUGGGGGACGAAACUAGAAUGAGUUGGCUCUUCCUCUCAUUGGCUCUGCCUCUGGCUCCGCCUCCUGUGGGGCUCUCUGCCUUCUGCUCCAUGAGCCCCGAGGGGCACCAGCCACCGCUGUGUGCAGUGUCACUUGUGAAAGUGGGGGGGGGGUCAUUCCUCACCGCGGAAGGCAUCCCUUCUAAUUGCGUGCUGAUUUGUGGGUGCUGCUAAAAUGGCACCGUUCAAAGAGAUCUCAUGAGCUGUGUAUGCAGUUGAGCCUUCCCCCAAAUCAUUGAUGCCAAACCUUAACAAAUAACAAUUACUUUCCGACUGCAAGGAUCACAUGACUGACAAAAUUAAGACUGUACGCAUUUAAAGCCUAGCAAUAAAAAUGUGGCUUGUUUCCUUUC